AUAACGGGCCUAGUUGGAAUAAUUACACAAAAUAUGUAGGCAAACAAUAACUAUUUAAAACAUAAUAAACCAGGAGUUCGUUACAGCUCACCGCUGCUGUUUUGGAAUUUUUAAUUUUAUCUGAACACCCCCGCAAACAGCGAUUAGUGGAAGAUUCCGAAAAUGGCGGCGGUUUCUGUCAGUGUGGAGUGAAACUUUCCUAUUAUUAGCAAAGAUUUGGUCAUUUUCCGACACAUUUGGUCGAUUGCAGUUGUCUGUUUAGUGAAGUAAGCAUCACCGGAACACAGAGACGUUUGACAGCGACCGCCAGGACCGAGCGGCGUCACUGUGGGCUCCGUUUUUGAUCGCCAAAUCGCUGGGCUUCCCUCGAAGUUGAUGGUGGCUAAGUGCCUGACAUUGCGAUCAUACCGACUGUUGUUGUCAUCAGAUUGCUUAACGCGGGGCCGUCAGGUGAGAUUGGCCGUUGGUUGAGCAGCUAGUUAGCUAGCCGGUCAAAGUGCGUCGAAAACGACUCGGCGGCUUCUCGUUCAGCUGGAUUCCGUCAGGGCUGGUCGGAGAUCCCGAGGACGUGUCACGUCACCUGUCAGUUGAAAUAAAUAGGUGGUGUUGGAUGUCACCACCACUCAGUGUCAGGCUGAAUUUGGUUUGCUAGCGUCGUCCAUCCUGGCAAAUCAGAUGGAGAAGCUCCAGGACCUCAGCCAAUCAGAGCUGCAGGAGCUCCUGGACAACCCAGAGAGGGUGGAGUCUAUGGCUCUGGAGUCUGACGAGAUCCAGAACAUCCAGCUGGAGAGAGAGAUGGCGCUGGCAUCAAAUCGCAGCCUGGCUGAGCAAAACCUGGACAUGAAGCCUCGUCUGGAGUCAGAGAAGGAGGUGCUGGUGGAGAGAUAUUCCCAGCUGGAGGCCAUCAGAGAAAAGUACAGACAACACUGCUCCCUGAGAGAUGGGAUGGUGGGUGAGGUGUCUCCAGAGGCAUUGUUCUCCAGACUACAGACAGAGGGCAGCAAAACGGAGGCAGAGUCAGAGGCUCUAGCUGAUGAGUUUCUGGAGGGCUCUCUGCCAUUGGACUCCUUCCUCGACCGCUUCCUUUCCCUGCGCUCCCUCGCUCACAAAAGACGGGUGCGGAUAGAGAAACUCCAGGAGGUCCUACGACAGAGGAGCGAGGGCAAUCCUAACGCCAUGGCAUCAUCAACAGGCGUCAGCCAAGACCCCGCUGCCACAGUCUCACCAUGGAAUCAACACACGACAACAACAACAACGACAAAUCAGCAGCAGCCAAACUCCAAACCUCAGUCCUCCAGCUACCAAAACGCCUCCUCAUCUGCAGGGGGCUCCUCUGGCCUUCCCUAUAGCCCGUACCCUGUCUCCCCGCCCAACCCUCCCCCUGCAGCGGCAGCAGCCUCCGGCCCGACCAUCCCUCCGUACCCAGGUUCCGGCUCACCUUUCACCCCAGCAGGGAGCUUCUCCGGGCCCAGGCCCGCCUUUGGGCCUCCGGCUGCAGCUGCCUGCCCUUACCCAGCCCAGCCCUCCUUCCCCACCCCACACCCCGGCUCAGCAUUUGGCCAGUACACCCCGAGUCACCCCCCAAGCGGCCCCGCUCCCUACCCGGCCUCCUACAGCUACGGCGGCUACAGCUACCCAGCCGGGCCCUCAUAUUCAAAUUCUCAGUCGCCAACGGGGAGACCCAUCUACAGACCAGGAUAUGGAGUCCCACAGCCGUACUCAUGAAAGCACUACUGCUCCUCUGUCUCAAUUCUUCCCUUCUUUGCUAUCUCAACCCUUUUUCCUCCCUCCUCCCCUUAACUCCAGUUUCCUCCACCCUAAUUCCCUCUCCUCCUCUUGUCUUUUUACCUUUUCUACCCUCCCUCUUCUUUUUCCCCCAUGCUGAGAGAGGUCUCUCGCUUUACUUAUCUUUGUUGCACUAUUUCUCUCUUUCUCUAAAUAUCAGUCUGUUGAUCUCUCCGUCUUUCUCUUGUUCCUUUUCCUUCUCUCUGUCACCCUACGACCCACCAACUCCCCCACACUAGUCUCAGGUUGUUGCGUUGUGUUUAAGUGUUAAAACACUUGUAUCUGGCCCUUCAUACACUCACUCUCCUCCCUCUCUCCAUCGCUCCCUCCCUCCUCUUCCAUUUCUUGUGUGUAUGUGUGUGUGUGUGUGUGUGUGUGUUUGUUGCUAUUUGGCAAUCAGAAAGUCCUUAUAAACACACAAGUGCACUCCCCCUUAUGACAAAUACAUGGAUAAAAAAACAGUCUUUGUAACACCUCGUCAUGUCCAGUAGCUGUCUGGUCAGAAUCUGUCUGGAUCACAUUGUUGUUCAUGAGCACAGUCUGCAUUGAGAAAAUGACUCGUAAUGGAAGCUUCAUGUCCUAGGCUAGCUUUGUGACACUGGGGCUAAUAACAUGCAAUUAAAUUGGCAAAGUGGAUGGCUGUCACAAAGUAUGGCUCUUACGUUAUGUCCAUUUAAGAUGGAGGGUUUUGAGAGAACCAUAUCCUCAGCUGUAGCUGCUUGGUCUAUCAGCUCUUCCACACACUUACAUUAUAAACACAAAUAUGGCAGGUGAUUUUCAUUAUGCACAAUUGCCUGUGGACAGUGGGCAGAGGAACCAUCAGUGUCUCCGGUCAACCUUUAUUUUCAUCAACCAAAGAUCCUCGUAGCAAUGACAGUGUUUUAGGUUUUCCUUUUAAUUUAACGUUAUGGUUGAAAUAGCCAGAGGUAGUUGGUGAGCUUCUGCAGCUGGCUAGCUAACAGCUAAAACACUAGUAACUUAGUAAAAAUAGUAGUGAACCAAGCUUUUUCUGAGUGUUUGUUCUCAGAUUUGUUCAUCAUUUAAUAAAACAUAAGAGUUACUUAAGAUGGGGAAAAAACUCUCCAGGCUAAGCAAGCUCUUUAGCUUCUGUCUGAAGUCAGUUUCAAUUUUGUGCAGGAGACAGAACAAAUGUAAACAGAUACUGUCUCUCAAUAAGCCACAUAUCAGCCUAGUGCCAGGACUACACAGAUUAUUUGACAGCUUUCCAAGAAGCCCCUGCAACACUUUAAGUGGCGACCCAAGGUCUAUUUUAAACCACACUUUCUAAGCCUUCAUUUGUUUACUACAUUCAAGUCACAGAAAUAAGUCACUGUUUUCCUGAAUAAUAAGUUUAAAACUGCUGCACUAAUCGACUUUGAGCUUGUUAAUAAUUCUCUGUGGGGUUGUGUCUCUGAGAGAUAGGAAUAAUGGAAAUGGAUGGGCCUUUCACAAACCUUUCAGUCCUGUGUAUAGUGAAUUCAAAUUUAAAUGCGUUCCCCAAGGCAUCUCCAUUCCUAGACCUAAAUUAAGAUGUCACCUGGCAAUGUAGGCAGCUGUCAUUUUUAGUUGUAAGCAGUGUUUGUUACAGCUAGCUGUAACCAAGCUAGCUGCAUGGAUCUGGUGUUGAUACCUUUGCAACAUUAGCGGGUAAAGUAAUCUGCAAAUGGCAAACUAGUCAAUUUACCAGCCUGAUCAGUCCCAGAGCUUGGAUGAAUUAGGUUACGUUAUCCACAGGCCAUAUUUUACUACGUUAGCUAGCUAACAAUUCGUCAAUUAACAAGCAAGCUAGCGUUAACUAAUAUUAGCAAGCUAAAAUCACAAUAUAUCUCACGUCAGUGGAUUUUUUUAAAGCAGCAGGGGCACUAUCAGAUCACUAAUGAGAUCCCUCUGCCUUACUCUCCACUUCUAGGGUGCUACUUCAGUAGGAGGAGAGCGGAUAGCAGCUCUGUAGAUGGACCUAAGCUGCUGUACCAACUCAAAUUCAGCCAGCAAACACCCCAGUGCCAGGAACCACAGCAGUUUGCUGGCCAGCGACAGUGGUGAUUUCACCUAUGUAUUGGCAGCAACAGAAAGUUUGGUGAUUGGGUGGAGAGUCAGCGCAGGAUCAGACCCUCAAUGCUGGCUGGAUUCAAGUUGCAACCAUGCUAAGGGCCGUGUCUGGAGCUGCCGUCUUCUUUCCUCUUGACAAAUUUGUGUGUUACAGCUGCAAAAUGUAUGCAACAGAAACACAGCAUGUGUGGACUCUGUUGUGGUGGCUGCCAGUCAUUUGAUGAUGUUAGCAUACUUUCUUAGCUAACGUCAGCCAGUGUUGCACACUGUUAGUGCUGUAGUGGAGCUGAAGAAAGGCAAGGUACUCAGGAACGUGUCACAGAUAGAAGUUAGUAGAUAGAAGUUAGUCCACAGGCUGUUACAGGCAACUGAGAAGUCGGAGGUCAGUUUCCUUACAGCCUGUUGACACAUUGGCAAUAAAAAAUGAUGAAUACAUGUAAAAAGUAAGGUACAGUACCUUUAAAUGGCUAAUGUGAGAAACAGAGUACCCACUGUCCAACAAAUAUUAUUAAACUCCAUCUCAGAACCGACGUUUUUCUGAGUCUUGAAGCCCUUUUCACCUUUCAAAUACUUAACUUGUUCAGGGGUCCUGGGGGGAUUAGACUGUUCCCAGCAAAUACAUAGAGCCAGAUAGGUUUGCCUGUUUGUUAACGUGCAAAUCCCCAUUGAUAACAUUUGGUGCUUUUGUGCUUAGAGCAAGUAAACUGAAAAAGUCUUAAGUGGGUUAGAAGUGUAAGCAAUGAAAUAUAGAUAGUCUGAUGGAGAUUUAGGGGGAGUUAGGAGCACUGUAGUCCCGUAGUUACACCCUGACUUGAGACAGUGAUACCUGCUGCAGUCUGUCGUUCACAGACCAGUUUGACUUCUUUGUCCCCUGUUUGUCUGUAUCCUUCGCACCAACACUCCCCUGUCGUCCCUUCCUCCUCUGUCCUGACCUCCUCUCCAUCUCUCUUCCUCCUCUUCACAUCUGCUUGUUGAAUAUGAACUGAUGCUUGACAAUGAUUACCAGGAGAAAAUAGUUUUAUUUCUAUAAGUUCACACUAUCACUGAGAAUACAUGUGGUCUGUAUAGUUCAUUUGAGUGAACAUGUAAAGGUUGGUGAUCAGUUCUGUGUCAAUUGAAUCAAUUCAAAUAUAAUUAUUGAAAUUGCAGUGUAGGUAACUGAAAGCUCAUUUGUGGAUCUUUUAAGAAGUCCAUAUCACCUCUCUAAAUUUGGAAUAACCAUCAGACUAUACUGUCAUGAAAAUGUUACCUUUUAAUGUAAUAUUUCAUCUGUCGACUAAUCUGUUUUGUCUUCUGCAUCUUCUCUCAGCCUCUUCAGAGCACUUUAUUAGUAUAAGUAUCACGAUUUUAAAAGCAGCUAUACAGUUAAAUAUUCUCUUCUCGAUAUUAUUGUAGCACCCUCAUAGAGCCCUCAAGUCCUAAAAUUCUAACCCAACUCAAAACGUCAUCUGUGAAGUUGGAUAACUGGUUGCUGAAACAAUGUCAGGAAGCAUGUCUGUAAACUAACAUGCUAAUAUUGUCGCAUACACGUGUUGGAAAUUCAACCAAGCUGUAUCUUGAAGUGAUUGAAUUGACUUCAAAUUGGUCCCAGCCUUUAAAAUAAUGUACUGCUGUUAACACUCCCCAAAAACAAAGCAAGGGAAUCAUUGAUGGUAGCUCAAUGUGAGUACUGAGGUUGUAGUGGUCAUUGAAUUACAGUUUGAAAAGUGUAAAUGCAGCGAGAUGAAGAAAGGUAGAAGCUAGACGUGCUGUAGCAGUUAGUGGUUCUGUGAUCGAAGGGAGAGCAGCGUGUCGUAUACACAAAUACACAACAUCGUCGCACAACUUUUAUUUUACAACACUGCAUGUCUGAAGUUGUUGCCCAGAGAAUCCAGAAGAGAAUCAUUUGCUUAUUUUAUGUCAGAAGGGACUUUUACAUUUUGGAUUAUUUAAUAGAGUUGUAAUCGGUGCUGAGUCUUACUUAGAAUCUUUCAAAAUCCAAGAUAAUAACGGACAUUUAUGGCACAGAUGUGUCCACUUUUUUUCCUCCUCUGUUUAAAAUCUGACUGGUUGUGUGAGCGCUCACUUUGUUUGUGUGAUUUGACUCAGUUAUUAAGUUUAUCUACCAAGUCCACUGAUCUCCUGUCAGUUAUCAUAUCCGAUAGAAAUGAUGGGAAACAUGAUGAACACCAGACUGGCUGGUUUAAAAAAAAAAAAAAAAAAAAAAAUCAUUUAAAACAAUAGGCUACUUCACCCACAAAAUGACCAUUUAUGUAUCAGUUACUCACCAUGGUAUGUUAAAUUUCUGAAAGAAACUUUGUUUUUCCUCACACACCUGCAUGAUGAAUGGAGAAUCCAAAAAAAUGUGGAACAUUUGUCAUGAUUUGAAAUUACUGGGGACCACUUUAACAACAGCAAAACUAUAUGAAAAUAUAAUUUUAUAAACUCUUACACAGUUUGUGUAAUAUAACAGAAUGUCUCAUUUAUCCAGUCGUAUGCUCACUGCUUCCCAAACACAUGCAUUUUCGCCAAAAUUUUACAAUUUAAAACACUUCCGCCAUACAAGUAGUGUGCCAUGAGCAUGGUCAGGCAUGUGAGUGUGUAUGAGCUCUGUUUGAGCAGAGUUCAGACGCAAAUAUGAAUGUGCAUGAAAGUUUUAGAGAAAAUACAUGCGUUUGGGAAGUACUGAGCACACAACUGAAUAAAUAAGACUUAAAUACUGCACGAGUUCUGUAGAGAGAUUGUCAGAGGAUGUUUUGGUAUAGUUUUGCUUUUGUUAAAUGUUGACCCCAGUCACUUAGAUUUAUGAAAAAUGUUCGCCUUUUUUUGGAUUCUGCGUUCCUUGUGGAGGCAUACAAGAAAAACAAAGUUGUUUUCACAAAGUCAAGGCAACCUGGUGAAUAAUUGAUAAACAAAUGGUCAUUCCUUGAAGUGGCUAGUAACAUCUCUGGUAUCAAAUGCUCAUACAUAUUCAAUUCAAAAUUAUCUGUUCACACUGUUUUCUUCAUUUUCAGAGCUAAAUGUGGACAUUGAGUAUGUGCUGUGUAAUAUAGAAUAACAAAAUGCAUCUCUAGCAUUUCACAACUACAGCUCCGUGAUGUUUUGACAAUAUAAGCAUGUCAGAAGAGUCCAUUUGGAGCUGCAGUUGUAUUUGUAGAGGACAGUGGGCGUUCUGCACUUCCCAAAGAUCGCACAACAUUUAAAGAAGUCUGUGUGGCACUGUAUCAUAUAUCUUUUCUUGGAAAUGAUAACAUGGACAAACCUCAUCCAACCAUGUGACCAGCCACUUGUUAACUUCCUCAACACACUGAAACAUGGGUGAUGUUAGCGGCCGACUCAGAAAUCUCAUGGCCGUAAUUCCAGAGCCUCCAGAAUACUUACAAUGACAAUGUUUCCUUGUUGUCACAUGGUUUGAUGAGGAUGGCCUUUUCUGCACUAUUAGCAUUAUUUCUUUGCUGACAGAGAAUUUUCUACAGCAAGGAGCCACCGAUGUUAUACGAUCGCAACAGCAAAAUUGCUUUUGAUUGAUGUGUUGGAUCACUCUUCUGUUAGAUCGAUCAGCAAAGGUUCAGAAUAGACACGUAUUUAGCAGAAAGUGCCAUGGAUUGCUCACAUACUGGUUGCAAUGAGAGAAACAGUCCAGAUGCUCUUCAUGGCAGCCCUGUACUGGUUUGAUAUUGUGUUGUAGCAUAAAGGCUCUCUGCUACAUGAAAUCAACAAAGGGUUAGAAAAGAUCUGCUGGCUGAGAAUGACUGCAGUUUGGUGUGUAUAUUAAUACCUACAGACAAACAGCAGUUAUUUUGGAUAUACGUCAGAGGUAUCAUCCUUUAUAAAGUAUUAUAAGCUGUAACUAAAGGCUUUAAUAAUGGUUGAUAAAAUAUGUGUGAAUGGUUCAUAGGUUAGUUUAUCUUUUAGCAUAGAUAGCAUUAUAAAAUAUGUCAUAAAUUAUUGUAACUAGGUGGCUGCAGCUCUUCAUAAAUCUGUCACUAAUUUUUACUACUUUCAAACUAAUGAUUUCCUAAAUUAGGUGGCACCUUUAGAAAUUAAGAAAUGUAUUAGCUCGUAAAGACCUUAAUGAUGUGUGAAUUGAUUGAUAGGAAACAUGUAAACAAGGAGUUCAUGUAGCAUUACACGCUACAUGCUAACAAUAAAUGCCAGUUUGGGAACCAAACAAUGAAACUUAACUGCCAAUACUUUGUAAAUGUAGUUAGAACUUUGUACAAACAUAAGGAAAUGUGUGAGCAUCAGAGUUGUAGGCCUACUCAUGCAGAAUGAGUAGGAAAUGUCUGAUCAUGCUAGCAUAGCUAAUGUCAUUAGGCCAUUUAGUGUAGUGCAUAACAUUUUGCCUUUUGGGGUAUGUUACCUUAUAUUCGUGAAGUAUCAUUUAAAUCCUCCCAGUUUGUUAUUAAACAAGAUUUUGAUCAGGUGUCAGGUCACACGUGUCAUCCAUAUCCAGCUAUAUGUGAGCAAGCUAACGUCAGUUUUGUCCAUUAGCUAAACUACUGUUAGUGGGUGUGCAAAUUAAGUAAUAACUAACCUCAUUAAAGAUAUAUAUGCAGACUCUGUAGGAUUUUGGUAUUGGGAGCGUCCAUUCAUAUGCAGAUAUCUGUUUAUAGCUGGCCCUCAGGAAGUGUGCCAGGCUUUGAAGCCAUUUUUUGUAAUGGCCAAACUGUGGGAUUACAUACGUCACAUGAUGCCAUUUGACUUUUUCCCAAUGACAUGGCGAAAGAGAUGUCUGUAAAUCAGUGGAUACAUUUUUUUUAGCACCACAAACCCUGUGAAAUGACUCUUUUCAAUAUCAGACUUUGAUAAAUUUGGUCCAAUAACAUUUGGAAAGUCUAUAAGAGCUGCAUAUUGAAUCAUUUUAUCCCAUUCAAGCUAGCCAAGCGGUAAACCAGAAUUACCUUGUCAGCCUGACCGAUAGAAUUCUCUAGUGCGCCUUCCAUAUGGGCCACACAAUGAGGAAGCAAUGCCGAUCAUGUCAAUAAUUUUAUAUAUACAGCAGUUGAAUUUUUUGGCUUUCUGUGCCACUGGGUAACUUUCAUACGCUGCAUCCAGUACUCUUAAUUAAUCAUUGGUUUUUAGAGAUUAGCUAAAAUAACUGUCACACAAAAGGGGAAGUCUUGGCCACCCUUGGCCAUUGCCCCCAGAGAGUUAUCGCUAUCAGACCGAUAGUCGAUGGGUGCUGAGAUUGAUUAAUAAGUAAGUUAUGUAAGAACUAGUUUGUGUGGCAAACCUGUUUUAAUUAAGUGGUGCAUAAAUCUUAAACAGCUGGCAUUAUCCCCCAGAGGGACACGUCUUUUGUCUUCUUAGCUCAGGAAUUUAAUAAUCCUCCUUUGAUCUCUGACACUCUGGACCAAAAACCAUUGAUUAACUUAUUAACAUUUACAGCUGCAGACCUGAUGGCUUUAUAGACAGUAAAAAACUCCAUAAACAUUUAUUAAGAAUUCCAAACAGGUCAAUGGAAUUUUUCUCAACCUGCCAAUCCAAAAUGUGUCUUAUUAUUUUACAACUGCUAAACUUCAGUAAAUGAUUAGUUAACCAUUAAUAAAUAAGCCAUUAGUUACACUGUAUAAUCCCUUUGUAAAGGGGGUCUUAACAGACUUUGUUCCCCUACGAUACACAACCAAACGCAACAUCUCUCAGCAGGUCAGAAAGCUAAUCAGACUGACAGUAUCAUGCAUGUGAUAGUGCAUGCUCCACCUGAACUGCUGCUGCCACACGAUGGCAUAAGCUAACAGACUGACACAGUCUGGGUUUGACACAUCUCGUGUGACCUGUUGUCAGUCAGUCUUGUUGUAUAUUUGUAUGAGUGUGUCAUGUCGACCCCCACAGUGAGGAUCAGUCAGGUGUGGCUCUGCUCACAGGACAUGAUGUGCAUGAAGAGUAAAAAGGCCAAGGGAAGAAGGCCUGUCAAUGUCCUGUUGCUGCAGUACUUACAGUAUGGUGCUGACAUAAUUCUCUCUAUAUCACCUGUGUUUUAGUUCAGUCUUGUACUCGCCACACGCAGUGUUUUGGUUGAGUCAACACAACAAGGCGACUCCAAUUUAGAUGACGAUACUGAAAUACUCUUGAGCAUGACAAAGUUUUUCAUAUCCAACUUUAAGACAUGAAUGAUUCAGGUGGGUUUGUAUUGAGGAGAAAGAGUGACUGUGUUUUAGAAGAAGCACAAAGAUGAUGUUCUAAUAUAGUCUAGCAUUAAUAUUAUCCAGAGGGAAAUAAUGUUCAGACGGAUUUAUCUGUUCUUCUGAUGGUGAUGAAUUAUAUCAUGUUAAUGAUGACUGCAGAUUGUUAAAAGAGCCUUUUUUGUUUUCUUUCUCUUUUUUUGGGUUGUGACUAAUUAAACAGAAGUUGAUCUAAA